CUUCAAUGUCACCUUCUUCAUCAUGGUCUGAUCUCCCAAUUGACAUAUUGUUAAGCAUUAGAGAAAAGUUGGAGCUUCAUCAUUACUCUGAUCUCAUAUCGUUUCGCUCGGUCUGCUCCCAUUGGCAUUCUAUAGUUCCGAUUCCAGAACAUACCCUAAGGUGAUUGUUUGUUCGAGCUCAGCUGUUGGCAUUGUAGUGACCUGCAUUAUUGGAAUAUUUCAACGAGACAAAAAUACAAUGGAGAAACGGGUUGUGGUUUGCAGGCAUGGGGUUGGCCAAAAUUGGAGGCUUUUGAAGGAAAACACUGAUGACAUAUUUGAUAUCACUCUCAUCGGCAACGAUCACGUUUAUAUUCUGGACAAGUAUUUGAAUCUCUACGUGCUUGACGAAAGGUGUUCAUCUAUGAGAUUAGUAAGGUUUAGAUUAUGGGUUCAGAAACAAAUCUUACAAGUUGAUGGUGUGAAUGAUCCAAUUGACAAACAAUUAUCUAGUAAUGAUUUAUACAUGAAAACAAGUGGGAAAUCAGAUCUGAAGAUAUAUGUGUAUUGUCGGAGAAACUUUUUUGGACCUCAUUGGAUAUCCUUAAAAUUUGAUGCGGAAGAACAUUGUAGCUACAAUGCUGAUGUUGAUGUUGUUGAUGUUGAAUGUGAAGCUAAAUGGGUCUAUUUUUAUCCUUUUUCUGAUGAUCGCACAGAAUACUUCACUCCAAAGCUAAGGCCAACUAUUACUUAGUAUUAAGGAGCAAAACAAAG